ACCUCUGUAACUGCCGGUUGGAGGCGGUCGAACCGCAGUGGCGAGAGACCGAGGCGGCGGAGCUAGCGGUGCUGGAGGCCUCUGUUUCCUCCUCUGGUCCCGGACGCGCUGCCCUAGAUUUAAUGCGUAGCGACUUCGGGUCAUCUCUCCUUUGCUUCUCGUAGGAGUCACAGUUAUUCGAUCAACAGCUCAGAAAAGGACGCGGUUCCCGCACAGGAGGCUUCAGCACCAGCACCCCGACCAUUGGGCGGCGGGAUGUCUGUGGUUGGCAUUGACCUCGGCUUUCUCAACUGCUACAUCGCUGUAGCAAGGAGUGGCGGCAUCGAGACCAUCGCCAAUGAGUACAGCGACAGGUGUACCCCGGCCUGUAUAUCUUUGGGAUCAAGAACUCGAGCCAUUGGAAAUGCAGCUAAGAGCCAGAUAGUCACGAAUGUAAGAAAUACAAUUCAUGGCUUCAAAAAGCUUCACGGGCGAUCAUUUGAUGAUCCCAUUGUGCAAACCGAAAGGAUCAGGCUUCCUUAUGAACUGCAGAAGAUGCCUAAUGGAAGUGCAGGAGUUAAGGUGCGGUACCUAGAAGAAGAGAGACCUUUUGCAAUUGAGCAAGUAACUGGAAUGCUGUUGGCUAAACUUAAAGAGACUUCAGAAAAUGCUUUGAAGAAACCAGUGGCCGACUGUGUGAUUUCAAUUCCUAGCUUUUUCACUGAUGCUGAGAGAAGAUCUGUGAUGGCUGCAGCCCAGGUUGCAGGUUUAAAUUGUUUGAGGUUGAUGAAUGAAACUACUGCAGUCGCGCUAGCAUAUGGAAUUUAUAAACAGGAUCUUCCCCCAUUAGAUGAGAAACCAAGAAAUGUAAUAUUUAUUGAUAUGGGACAUUCUGCUUACCAGGUCUCAGUUUGUGCUUUUAACAAAGGAAAACUUAAAGUCUUGGCUACCACCUUUGAUCCAUAUUUGGGUGGCAGGAACUUUGAUGAGGCUUUAGUAGACUACUUCUGUGAGGAGUUCAAGACCAAAUACAAGAUAAAUGUGAAAGAAAAUUCUCGGGCCUUGUUGCGUUUAUAUCAGGAAUGUGAAAAACUGAAGAAGCUAAUGAGUGCAAAUGCAUCAGAUCUUCCACUGAACAUUGAGUGUUUCAUGAAUGACCUUGAUGUUUCUAGUAAAAUGAACAGGGCCCAGUUUGAACAGUUAUGUGCUUCCCUCUUCACCAGGGUUGAGCCACCAUUAAAAGCAGUAAUGGAACAAGCUAACUUGCAACGUGAAGACAUAAGUAGUAUAGAAAUUGUAGGGGGAGCAACUCGAAUUCCUGCAGUGAAAGAACAAAUCACUAAAUUUUUUCUUAAAGACAUAAGUACCACAUUAAAUGCUGAUGAAGCUGUUGCAAGAGGAUGUGCAUUACAGUGUGCGAUUCUCUCACCAGCAUUUAAAGUGCGUGAAUUUUCUAUAACAGACCUUGUUCCCUAUUCAAUCACAUUAAGAUGGAAGACCUCUUUUGAAGAUGGAACUGGGGAAUGUGAAGUAUUCUGUAAGAACCAUCCUGCCCCAUUUUCAAAAGUCAUUACUUUCCACAAGAAGGAACCAUUUGAACUAGAAGCAUUUUAUACUAAUUUACAUGAAGUGCCUUAUCCUGAUCCAAGAAUUGGGAGCUUCACUAUUCAGAAUGUUUUUCCUCAGUCUGAUGGUGAUAGUUCCAAAGUGAAGGUUAAAGUUCGUGUUAACAUCCAUGGAAUCUUCAGUGUGGCCAGUGCAUCGGUAAUUGAGAAGCAAAAUGUGGAAGGGGAUCACAGUGAUGCUCCUAUGGAGACAGAAACUUCAUUCAAGAAUGAAAGCAAAGAUGAUGUGGAUAAAAUGCAAGUUGACCAAGAAGAAGGAGGGCAUCAAAAAUGUCAUGCUGAACACACCCCAGAAGAGGAAAUCGAUCAUACAGGAACCAAAACAAAGUCAGCUCCCUCAGACAAACAAGAUCGAUUAAACCAGACUAUUAAAAAAGGAAAAGUCAAGAGUAUUGAUCUGCCUAUACAGAGUAGCCUGUGUAGACAAUUGGGCCAAGAUCUUCUCAACAGCUACAUUGAAAAUGAGGGGAAGAUGAUAAUGCAAGAUAAAUUAGAGAAAGAAAGAAAUGAUGCUAAGAAUGCUGUUGAAGAAUAUGUAUAUGAUUUUAGAGACAAGCUGGGCACAGUCUAUGAAAAAUUCAUCACUCAAGAAGACUUGAAUAAACUGUCUGCAAUAUUGGAAGACACAGAAAAUUGGCUUUAUGAAGAAGGAGAAGACCAACCUAAACAAAUUUAUGUGGAUAAGCUUCAAGAACUUAAGAAAUAUGGCCAGCCUAUUCAGAUGAGGUACAUGGAACAUGAAGAGAGACCAAAAGCUUUAAACGACUUGGGAAAAAAGAUUCAACUUGUUAUGAAAGUGAUAGAAGCAUACAGAAACAAGGAUGAAAGAUACGAUCAUUUGGAUCCUGCUGAUGUGGAAAAAGUUGAAAAAUAUAUCAGUGAAGCCAUGAGUUGGCUGAACAGUAAGAUGAAUGCACAGAACAAACUAAGUCUCACUCAAGAUCCUGUGGUGAAAGUUUCAGAAAUAGUUGCGAAGUCAAAGGAACUGGAUAAUUUCUGUAACCCCAUCAUUUACAAGCCCAAACCGAAAGUAGAGGUUGCUGAAGACAAAGCAAAAGCUAAUAGUGAACACAAUGGACCAAUGGAUGGACAGAGUGGGACUGAAACUAAACCAGAUACAACAAAAGACAGCUCCCAGCAUACUAAGUCUUCUGGAGAGAUGGAAGUGGACUAAGUCUUAAAUUUACCUUCACAUAAUUCAAACAGUGCAAGCAACCACAAGGUCCAUUCUUCCUUUUACAUGUGGUACACACAACAUAUGUUCAGUUGUUCUUAA